AAAUUAUUCUUUUUAGGUACACGAUUUUAAAGAAAGUAAAAACCUUAGUCGCGCGAAUCACAACAACCUUAAUUACAACUCUGUCAACAACUUACUAAUGUUUUGAUUUGUAUACAUUUUUUUUUCACUUACGCAUUUUGUGUUGGUUCGUAGCAUACCAUGAAAAACUUUAAUUAAAAUAUUAAAUUGUAUGAUUGUUAGUAACUUAAAAGCUAAGCAAAAGGUGGAUGGCUGUUACUUGUUGCGUCCAAGGCUGUAAGACUAAAAGCGGCGAUAAUAUAGUGAUGAGAAAAUUUCCUCCAGUCGAUUCUCCAUUGUUCAAGCAAUGGAAAAUUACUAUGAAGAAUAAGUCAUUGAAACAUAAGGAUAAUCAAUAUAUGUUGAAAACACAGUAUGUUUGUAAUCUUCAUUACACUGAAAUAUACAGAAAAAAACCUAUCUUUGUUCUUUACGAUUGUCCACUGUCGACGAAAAAUAUUUUGAAAGUAGUAAAGGUUAAACAAGUUGAUGAUAGUAACUGCAUUGUUUGUGAAAAUGUUCAAAAUUUAAAUCACUCUUAUUGUAAAACAGAAGAAGUUAAGUCUGAAGAAAUGAGUAUCACUGUUGACAGUGAUAGAGCUUAUGAUAACAAUAUUAUUAAAUUAGAUCACUGCUAUUAUAAAACAGUACAAGUUGAAUCUGAAGAAUUGAGUAUUGUUUCCGACAGAGCUGUUGAUAACACUAUUAUUACUUUUGAUGACUCCUUUUGUGAAACAGUAGAAGUAGAAACUGAAGAAAUGAGUAUUGUUUCCGACAGAGCUAUUGAUAACAAUAUAAUUACUUUUGAUGACUCCUUUUGUGAAACAGUAGAAGUUGAAAGUGUUGUUGUCGAUAGUGUGAAAACAUUAGAAGAAAUAAGUGAUGAUAAAUUGAAUGUUGAUUUAAAAAAUAAUAAACAAAUGCAGACUUCUGGAGGAAAAAUAAGCAGAAGGGAAAUGCUAAGACAAAUUCGUGAUUUACAAGAUAGAAAUAAGAAACUUAAAACAGAAUGUAGAGGAUUUCUAAAAUUUAGAAAAAUGAAUAAAGAAAUUCAAAAUUUUUUAACAAGUCAACUAUACAAUGUCGACAUGAAUGAGGGAGAAUACUAUAGGUUAGAAGAUAAGGUACUUGCGCUUCGUAUAUAUAAGGAAAGUAAGAAAUGCUAUAGAUACUUAUCAAAUAUUUUUAAGUUACCAUCGGAAUCAACACUUAUGAGUUUUGUUAGUGAAAAUUUGAAACAUCUUUAAACCCUUAAAUAACAAUACAAUUGGGGCGGCCGUAGCCGUGUGGCUAUGGUCGCCUGUAUCACAAAAAUCUGAUACGAAAGUCGUUGGUUCAAUUCCGAAAAUCAACAAAAAUUUGUGGU